AUGGCGGAAUCAGGAGGUGGAGGUGGUGGAGGGUGGCGAGAUUCUUAUAAAGGGAUGUCGUCUGAUAACAUUAAGGGUUUGGUGCUGGCGAUAUCUUCAAGUUUAUUCAUCGGAGCUAGCUUCAUCGUUAAGAAGAAAGGUCUUAAGAAAGCCGCCAGCACCGGCACUAGAGCAGGUGUCGGUGGGUAUUCUUAUCUUUACGAGCCUCUUUGGUGGAUCGGCAUGACAACAAUGUUACUUGGUGAAAUUGCCAAUUUUGCUGCUUAUGCAUUUGCACCGGCUAUACUCGUCACUCCUCUAGGCGCUCUUAGUAUCAUUAUCAGUGCUGUUUUAGCUCAUAUUAUAUUACGGGAGAAACUACACAUCUUUGGAGUUCUUGGCUGUGCUCUAUGCGUUGUGGGUUCCACGACGAUUGUACUACACGCUCCUCAAGAACAGGAAAUUGAUUCUGUGAUUGAAGUUUGGAAUCUUGCUACAGAACCAGCGUUCAUGUUUUAUGCGAGUCUGAUAAUUGGGGCUGCUAUAUUUCUCAUUGUCCGUUGUGUGCCCCAAUAUGGGCAGACAAACGUAAUGGUCUACAUCGGUAUUUGUUCGCUUGUGGGAUCAUUAUCGGUAAUGAGCGUAAAAGCACUUGGAAUAGCACUAAAGCUAACGUUUUCAGGAACGAAUCAGUUAUUUUAUCCUCAAACAUGGGUAUUCACAUUAGUCGUACUUACCUGCGUGAUAACGCAGUUGAACUACUUAAACAAGGCUCUUGAUACAUUCAAUACAGCUAUAGUAUCUCCUAUAUACUAUGUAAUGUUCACAUCACUAACUAUAUUAGCCAGUGUUAUCAUGUUUAAGGACUGGGAUCGGCAAAACGGUACUCAGAUUGUCACAGAAAUGUGUGGGUUUGUUACUAUACUCUCAGGCACUUUUCUUCUCCAUAGAACGAAGGACAUGGUCGAGGGUUCAUCGGUAAUAUUACCAUUGCGGAUAAGCAAGCACAUUAACGAAGAUGGGUUUGAAGAAGGCAUACCACUUAGACGCCAAGAAUCUCUCCGGUCACCAUAA